AUGGCGGCGCAUCUCAACGAACACAUCCAAUCAGUGCAGAACAGCCAGAGUUCAGUCAGAAUGGUGUUGUAUUAUUCCGUGACUGAGGUUCGUCUCAGCAUGGAUGCACUGGCACACAGCUGGCUCCAGGGUCUAGGCAAGUAUGCAUUCCCCAGUGAACCUUUUCGCACAGACAUUGUGCAAGGCCUUUUCUACCCAUUUGGAAAUGGAGACAUAAGGAGUCCCUCUACAGAUGAUGGAAGCUCUCCAGAAAUAAUCCUGGAAAAGCCCUUUGUAUAUUUUGGACAGAUCUAUCAAAAGACUCAUGUUAAUAACAAUGGACAUUUGACAUUUGAUGGGCCUCUUUCUCAGGCGACACCUAGUUAUUUACAGACGCAAUUCAACAGAGACAUCAUUGCUCCACUUUGGACAGACAUGGACAAUAGAGUCAGUGGAACAAUCUCCUAUCGUCAGGUCACUAGUGGUGGACUCUUACUAGCGGCAUCAAACAACAUAAACCAGUAUUUUCCUAAUCUGAACUUCAAUGCCUCAUGGCUGUUCAUUGCCACUUGGGAUAAAGUACCAUACUUUGCCAGACCACAAUCGGAGUCAACUUUUCAAGUGGUUUUGGUGUCUGGCAAAAACAUGUCAUUUACACUCAUGCAUUAUGGUCCUACCACUCAGACCACAUAUCGUUUUAUGUCCGGCUAUGACACAAGGGAUUCAACUGAUUUCUUUUUUAUUCCUGUCUCUGACAUCACAAAAUUGUCAAACACAAGCAAUGUCAAUUUCACUGGUCGAUGGGUAUUUCGAGUUGACCGUACAUCAGACCAUAAUGAGAAUGACUUAUCUUGGGAUCAUUUGGGAUUCGAUCACGAUGCGGGCAAAACUGUCUCCCGCUUGGAUCGAGACCAUUCGGCAGACCAUGAGCAAGACUUUGCCCCAGGUAGGGUAAAAGUGAUUUUGCAUCCUCAUCCUGAUUACCUGCCGAAGGUUCCGUUUUUGGCUGUACAUCCGGUCAUUCUAGAGGCCUUCUGCCCUCCGCCGUUCACAACGCCGGAGCAGGUGAAAUCCAGUGUCCAGUCCGUGCUCUUCAGGCAUAAGUCCACCGCACUUGCCAGUGGCGUAAGUCAGAGCAGCUGUUCGUCUGUUAUGGUGGUGGUAACAGAGGAGCAGCUGCCACCAGGCAGACCAUGUCUCACUGGGUCAGGGAUGCUAUUGCUUUGGCUUAUGAGGCGCGCGGUCAAGCAUCGCCUGUAG